AGGGCCCCGAGGCCGUGAAGCAGAAGGACCUCGGGGACGGAACCUUUGGCUUCGAGUAUUUCCCAACCGUGCCCGGGACCUACACGGUGACAGUGACCUGGGGGGGACAGCACAUCCCCCGCAGCCCGUUCGAGGUGAAGGUGUCCCCCGAGGGGGGAUCUCCCCGGGUCCGGGCCUGGGGGCCGGGGCUGCACGGGGGGGUCGCCGGCAAAUCGGCCGAUUUCAUGGUGGAGGCCAUCGGGGACGACGUCGGGACCCUCGGUUUCUCAGUGGAUUUCAGG